GCGGGGUUGUAUGCCAAGAGUACUGGCAUACCUUGAAAUAUAAAACACUGCGCAGAGUUUGUCAGUCUGUCAGUGACUUCUAACCUACUAGGACUGACCCGUCUGUGAAGGAUUAAAAGAAGUAACUGCAAUCAUGGCUGAUACAAGCAGAGGGCAGGAUCAGGCGAUGGCUGCAGCAGAGGAAGCCCAGAAGAAAUUGGAGCGAGCUAUUUAUUUCUACCGCAGUGGAGACUUAACAGCCUGGAACUAUACUAUCCUGGCCCUAUCCUUCCUUGGGUUGUUUUUGGGAUUAUUCCUUCUUGGCAAGAAUAUUUUCAACAAUAGAAAAAGGAAAAUGAUUGCAAUGUAUAACAUGAACAUGGAUGCUAAAAAAGAAGAGCCCGAUGGCAAACAAGCUGUGUUGAUGUUGGAAAAAGAGAACCUACCACAAGAGGAUGCUCUGCUCAAGAAGGAAGCUCAGCCGGGUGACAUCACGGUGCAGUGGAAGGACGGGCAAAUCACUUCUCUCUACACAGAUGUUCCAGAGGAGGAUGUAUAAACUACUGGGACUUAUUUAUUUAAUUCCCACUAGAGAGCACCAGGCUUUCUUAAGUUGUCCUACUCAAUAUCUCAGACCAGUGGUGGUGGAAUAGUGCUCUUUAAUACUGUGGGUUGAGUAUGGUUCCAAGGUAUUACAGUCUUGGUCCACUUGGGUGGAUCUGCUCAAUUUCACACUGUGCUACUGGAUAUAGGAUGCUUUUCAUGUACAGCAUAUAAUGGGUCACUUAUUGGCAGGGGUUUAACCGUACCAUAGAUCUGGAUUUCUUCCUAUUUAUUUUAGCAUGUGCUUGUAGUAGGCUACAAACUGUUGAAUGUUACUUUCUGUCUGGGAAUGACAAGAUGUCAUAGUAAGGUAAGUUUAUGUGUGUGUGUACAUAUAUAUAUAUAUAUAUAUAUAUAUAUAUAUACACAUACAUACAUAGUUGCCAUAGCUUUUUUUCUAUGCCCAGUACGAGGACAAUCCAAGUCAGUAAAAAGGUCACGUGAUAGGGUUCCCUAUAGCUGACAUCUUCUUGAUGCCUUAUUUCGUGUUGAAUUGGAACAUUUUGGGCAUAGACCUGGGUCUGGCGUAAAAUAUAUAAUAUACAUAAUAAGAAUUACUUACCCGUUGGAUUGCCCACCACUUCAGCACUGCCAUUCCAGUCCUGCCCUUCGUUCUUUGCUUAUAGGGGAGCAGCACUGAUGUCAUGUCAGCAACAUAUGACCACUGCAGCCAGUAGCUGGCCCCAAUCAAAUAUCUUGGAGGUCAGCGAUUUACUGCUGUGGUCACAUCUUGUCGACAUGCCAUCAGCACUACAGUCCUGUAAACUAAUACUGGUGGGGAGGAGCAAAAUGGCAGCGCUGGAGCAGAAAACAAUUCAGUAUUGCUUAUUUUAUUUUUAAGAUGGACGCCACCUGUUCUCAGAGCUUCUUGAUCUCAGACAACCCCUUAAAACCAACACUUGACCAUAUCACAUGAGGAACCUACGGGAUCGAUAAAAUGCAUUUUUAUCAUGACAGUAAAAAGGUUUCUGUAGUAUUUGGGGUCAAAAUGUACCUUUUUAAAUAAAUUUGUUAAUUGGCUUCAGCAGUCUGCAUCUUGUGACCAUUUCAUAUGAUCCUAUUUGUCUUGUAGAAUAAACAUAUAUUUGGCCUA